CGCACGCGCACAUCGUCAUGAAAGAGGGCGUAUUUCGAAUGUCCUAAGCCACUAUCUCCAAAAUGUAUGGUGUGCUGUCAACAGAAGGUGCCAUGGAGACAGUUACCCUGCCAAUGUGGUGAGUGCAAUGAGCGAAGGAGGGAGGGAAAAAAAAGUCAGGGACACGAGACAACAAAAUGUGGCCAAUUUGAGAAAACAAAGGGACCAACAACAGGAGUGUAAAGGGAGAAAAAAGACGUACUGUGCAAACUGGAUAUGAAUCUGCUUUGCUGGGGUAGUGGGGAGCUUGGGCAGACUGGACAUGGAAGGCCAGGGGACGUUGGUCUAGAGGAGGCCCAUCUGGGAGAGUUCAGAACAGGACGCUUAGGAAGAGUGAAGCUGAUUGCAUGUGGAUCCAGUCACUCCAUUGUGAUUACAGUGGACAACAAGAUCUUUUCAUGGGGAAAUGGCACCAGUGGACAGCUGGGUGACGGAGAGAGGGCAGUAAAGAACCGGCCUGUCGAGGUGAAGUUGCCACAUGUACUGAACGUUACAGAAAGUGAUGCGGAUGUGGAUCACGUCAGGAUAGUUGGGGUUGCCUGUGGAAGCAGACACUCCUUCAUAUGGACUGAAGCUGGGCUGGCCUACAGCUUUGGGAACAACUUCUAUGCCCAGCUAGGCUAUGACUUCCAGAGGGCUGACUUCAAAGAGCACCAGCUAGCACCGCGUUUGUUCCAGAACCUUCCAUCAUCCCUGAAAAUAUCUCAAGUGGCCUGCGGAGAGCGACACACUCUGUUCGCGCUGGAGGACGGCCGUGUGGCGGCAUGUGGGCAGAAUGAUUAUGGACAAGUUGGCAAUGGUUCUAAUGAAAACGCGGUCGUCCCUCAAUUUGUGGAGUUUGUGGACCGUGUGUCGAAGGUCACCUGUGGGGCAAAUCACAAUCUUGCACUGACAGGUGACGGCAGAUUGUUUCAGUGGGGCUGUGGACGUGCAUGUGGGAACAUGAAGAGGAACAUCCUAAGCCCAGAGGAUGUAACACUACCAAGCUCGCCAGUGCUUGCAGACAUCGCGGGAGGAUGUUGGCAUAGCCUCCUUCUAACAGAUGAUGGGAAUGUCUUCUCCUGGGGGAUGGGGCAAGAGGGACAGCUUGGACUUGGAGAGGAAAGGACUCACAUCUCCACUCCUUGUCUUCUCAGCUAUUCUCAGCUUGCCGAGGUCACAAGAUUACAAGCUGGGGACAGCUACAGUGCAGCCAUCACAGCAGGUGGAGAGCUGCUUCUCUGGGGUCAGAUCCCCUGUGUGUCCCGGGUCAGUGAUCAACCAGGACUCAAAAGGCUCUGGACCCCCCAGCCUGUUCCCCUGGCAGACAGGAUGGUGUGUGAUGUGGCCUGUGGUACCUGGCAUAUGAUGGCUCUCACCGCAUGGAGCAGGGAGGAGAACAGAGAAUGUGCUCACCCUGAAACCGAAGCUCACUUCAGAGACCCUGUUGGCAAUCCCCUACUGACAGAGCACGCAGAGAAAGAAAACACAGUGCAAGACUCCAGGCAGGUUCGUCACAAGCUGAUCCAAGAUCUUGGGAGACCAGAAGGCCCUGAGAAGCAGGAAAAAGUUGGAGAAUGUGAGCGUGCAGACGAAGAAGAAAGAGCGAGCAAAGACGGGGGAGAUGGAGCGUUACAUGAUUCAGCAUUUGCCACAGUCAGAUCUGCGGUGGGGAUGGACAGGAGGGGAAAUGGACACUCAUCAAUCAAGUCCAACCAGGGGGACGUGAGGGAGGUUUGCAGGGCAGCAGGGCCGUGGGAGCUGAGGAAAGAGCCACGCAGAAACAGAGGAAGCAGGGACAUCGUCUUCACCACGCUGCAUCUUUUGCCUAGGUCCGAGCAGUGCAGGCCCACGUCCAGCACUUUGCCCCGUCUACUGACAGGACAAGCACAUAGCGGAGUUUCAGCUGAGGCUCGAAAGGAGAAAUCUACGCAUUCAACCAAACUGGUCCAAACAUCUGGAAGUGACUGCAGCGUUUUGGACAAUCCUAGGACCAGGCCCAAGCCCAGACCCCCUGUGGCUCAGAGAGCAGCCUCUUGUCACCGGUCAAGAAUCAGACUACACCCUGGCCUCAAGUCUCCGAUUUAUAACUCUUGUCCACAUGUGAGCCCUGAUCAGCAAGUUCAGAUGUCCUCCCCUACCUUCCACCCGGGUACACCAGUUGAAACCCCUCUUUCCCCGUCUCGUUCCUCUUCUGAACCCUUCAGGUACUCUCCCACACACAGAAGAGUGGUUUCUUCUUUUGGCACUUCUCGGAAGAAUCUAUAGGAGUCCAGUGGGAUUUAUCUCAUGUUUGAACUUUUAAAUGCAUACAUUUACCCCUUUUGUUUCAGGUUAUGUUAGCGAUUUUGAAUAUGUUUAUCACAUUCAUAAUCAAUUGUUCACAAAGCUGGCUGGCUGUGGCAAGAGAGUGUGCACUCUAUCAUCUACUUGAUAAUGCUUUUUUGGAGACCACAUAUAAAGCUGAAUACUUUUUGGCUUCAAGGUGAUUGGCAAACUGAGGAUUUUCCUAUGUAAGAGCUCUCCAAAACAUACUUCAGAGCAGUAUUAAUGGCCUUCACUUUACCCCGUACUGAGAUUUGGCAAGUGUGCUCCUCUUACAAACCAUCUCAUUCAACGACACUCCCGAACCUUGACCUCAUCUAAAAGCUUUAGACUUUUGUCACAUGUUGGAGUCGCAGAGUCCUUGAAUCACCACAUUCCAACAGCCCCCCAGAGAGUUGAGAGUUUUUUACUGUACGUACUACAUUUUAAUUAAUACUUACAGCGUGUUGUUUAUUAAAGACAAAGCGCCCUCUCAGAUCUUGUAAGACAUUUCACGGUGGAGUGUUUUUUCAUGGCUGCCAGUCUCCGCAGUAUGAGUCACAUAUGUAUGCUGCUAUGGCUCUUUUGAGUGUGAGAUAAUACUAUAUGAUGAGGUUUCUCAAAGUAAAGUAGGAUCAUUACAGGAAACAGAGCAUCCUUUGAGUGUGCUCCUCUCUGUGUCUUUGCUCUGUUUAGUUUGUUUUAUGUUUCUGAGAGAGGUCCUUCAUUAGCCUCGUACCAUGUGGCUGUACCACAACCACAUGGUAAUUCCUCUUGUCAGGGUUUCAUUAUGAAUGUGAUGUUUUUUUCAUAAUCUACAUCUAACAAAAAGGAAAUUUUGUCAAUAACUUGGCACCGUGCUACAUGUUGACAGUUUUGGAUUCGACAAAUGACAAUGUAUUUUGAUGAAAUUAAAAUUAUGGCUUGAUAAUAUUAAAAUUGCUUAUAAGUUCACCCAAAACUUAAAAAAAAAAAAAAACUGUCCAUAAGGUGUGAAGUUAUGGAGGUUAGAAAAGUCCACAAAACAUUUCUGGAACGUCACAGUAAAACAGCAUUGCAGCAUUCUCCUCAACAACUGAAGUAGAUGAGGGGGAUGUGGGGGGUUAAAAACAGCAAUAAAUAAACAGAAAAUGUCAGCUCUUCCAACCUAAUCCAAGUCGCCGGAAGCCCUGAGAUCCCACAUUGAACCAACUUCAGACAGUGUGUACGCUAACACUUUAACAUUUGCAGCGACGGUGAAGAUUUUGGAUUUUAAAAGAUGGCUUCCACAGACUCUGAUUGUGCUUGACAAGCUGUAUUGAGCCAUUUUAUGUUUUGUUUUUGCUUUUUUAUGGCCUGCAAUACUUCUCCUGACUUUUCAUCUGCAUGGGGGUGUGUAGAAAAUUACCAAAUUAUAUUUUUUGGGUGAACUUUAAUAUCCUUUAAUAACCUGUAUAAGACCUGGAUUAUAACUUUAUACCAUAAUUUUUGGGGUAAAUUGUUGUAAAAAAAAGAAAAAAUCCAUUAUCAGUCAAUAAAAUGGGAUGACGAUAAAUCAGGUUGCUUGGCUUAGAUUAAUACCUCUAGGAAUGUUGUAAUUAUUAAUAUUUUAUCACUAAGCAGUGAUUUUAGAUGUAUGAAUCAAUGUAUGAAAUUGUCACUACAGUAGCACAAAUAAGUUAUUAGUUAUUUUGCAAUAUUGAGCCGAUCUGUUGACAUUGCAGUUGUGUUCAUCAGUGUAGUUGUAAUUUCAGUUGGAUGUUAAAGCUAUUAAUGACUUUGAUCCCAGUUUUAAAAAGGCCACUAUCAGAUAAGGUAUUUAAAAUGAGCUCCAGGCGAGUGAUGAGUAAAACAAUAACAGUGCUUUUUAAAAUCACUCUUCGAUUGGCUUUUGUGAGAAUCAAACCCGGCACUGACUAUAUACAGGCAUGCAGUACUAAUGGCAUAGAGACAUCCACCAGCAUCCCACCCCACUGUCUGUUACACUCCCUAUGGUUUGUUUUGGAGUGUGUGAGUAAGUGUUGAUUGUGUGUAUCACGUUUUUGCCCUGCGAGACUCCUGCCGAUCGAUUCAAGGUGAGACCUGUCGAUUAAACACCCUGAGCCGUGCUCUCCACCUAACCCCAGGGUGAUUCAAUCCCCCGCCCCUUACACACACACAUGCGCGCGUGCAUACACACCCACCUCACCUGUCAUCCAUCAAUACCUCCAUCAGGGCCUCUAUUGAUCCCCCUCCAUCCAGCCUCUUCACCCCGUGCAGUACAACAUCAGGGCCAAGACGCCGUCCGUGCAGGUUUAAUUUCUGACAGAUUUACAAUAAAGCUCAAGUUAUUAUUUAACUCUUCCGGCCACAGUGUGCUCUUUGAUUUAGCACCCCGGGAGAGGAUGAGUUACAGCUGACACGGAGAAUCUGCCGGGGCUGGAAUGGUAGGCACCCGGUUCAUAACUCAGCCGCCGAAUGUGUAGUUAGUCAAUCACUUGAUCUGUAAUCACAAAUGCUGCCAGAAAUUACAUGAGUGAUGAGCUGUAAUAAAAGCACUUACUUUU